UUCUCCUCUGCCUGAACCUGGGGACCAUGGACUGGAAGGGACACUAGGAUUGAGCGCGCGAGCGAGCGGGGAAGCGAGCGGGACGCGGCGAUCAUGACUUCUGCCGCCGAGCUUAAGAAGCCACCACUGGCUCCAAAGCCAAAGUUUGUGGCAGGAAAUAACAAGCCAGCUCCUCCGCCGAUUGCGCCCAAACCGGACUUGGUGAACGCUGGUGUCCCACAGGUAGCAAAGAAAACCAAACCAGCUAUUGCACCGAAACCGAAAGUCCUCACAAGCCCACUGGUUCGAGAGGAUAAGCAGUCACCGUCGCGGAAAGUCACUGUGAAGCUGGAAGAACAACAGGAGCCAGAAUUUCCCGAAAGCACUGAUCAGUUGAGUUGCGAGGCUGCGGGCAACCGGGGCGUGGCUCACACCUUACCCGCGUGCUCCUGCACUUCUGAGUGUGCCCAUCCGCUCGGGAAGAGAGAGAGCCUGGGUGUAAAGCCACUCGUUCUAGGGCCUCUGGAGAUGAAGGCAAAUUUAGAAAACGGUAAAAAUGAUGAGUCUCCCUUGACUGUGAAAAGUAGAAUGAAGUGGGAUUGCCCUGGUGAAAAGUGUCGGAGCCAGAAUAAAGUCACCUUAAAGGCCAGCAUCUUAGAAGAGAAGCUCAAAGAGGUGUUUACGCAACAAACGUCGCCGUCACCGAACUGCUCCCAGAGGAAGCACAGCUCCACCGACCACCCAGAGGUGAACGGUGACUGCAGUCCCAGCAGACAGUUCAGAAUUGAAUGUGCUGACUUGUCACCUUCCCUGACCGGCUUAAGGAAAAUCCCUGCUCAUCACAACUGCCACCCACGGCUUCCUAUGGAUGACUUUCAACAUCUUGAAACAUGUCAGGAUGGCACUGAAAAGAGCAGUCACCACCUUCAUUCUUCUGAAGUAGAUGUUCUGGAAAAUGGCCAAAAGAGCGCUUUCAUAUCUCCUGAUGAAGUUAGUAAGAGGACAGAGGUCAAAGAUCUUGGUCCUUUAGAAAUUCACUUGAUACCUUAUACCUCAAAGUUCCCAGCCCCCAAGCCCAGAAAGACACACCCUCCUCGCCUACUGCGCCAGAAGUAUGUAGAUAAUCCUAGUGAAAGUACUGAAGAUGCAGAGAAUUCCGACAACAGCUCUUGUCUUACUGACCACAGUUCGAAAACCAGUCAAGUCAGUGUUCUUCAUCAGAAUGGUUUAUCUAACCAGGAACCAGUGGGCAAAGAGGAGCCAGGGAAUAAAGGUGAAUUGACCAGUGCCUCCAACAGUGACAGAGAAGACUUGGUCAGUUCACGGAAGGCCGUGUGUCGUGAAAUAUCUUCUCUUGAAAGAGUGGCACUUUCUUGGGAUGUAGACUCUCAUAGGAGUUCCGACAGCACAACAGAAGAUUGUUCUAGUAUGUCACCUGCUGCAGACAAAGGAACCGGUUUUAUUGGAUGCAGUACUCUUUCUUUGAGCCUGCCCAAGCAGGUCAAAUUGAGUUGCAGUGAACAUCUGCCAACUACCUGUAACCUGGAACUGUCUCUCCCUCUGAUACAAAAGGAAUCAGCCUCAAGAGUUGUUCCCAAAAAACCUCAAAGGCACAGUUUGCCUGCUGCAGGAAAGCUUAAAAAAGCUGCUUCUGAGGAACUUGUGGAAAAAACCUCUUAUCCUUCAAGUGAAGAAAACAAUUUGGAGAAGGGUCUCGAAAGAAAUCACGCUCAGCAUUUGUGUGCCCCAAGCCAAGGUAUAUCGUCAUCCUCCUUUGAUAUGCCUAAACUGACUUCAGAAAAGCCAGUGUGGAAAUUACCUCAUCCUAUUUUACCCUUUGUAGGGAACCCAGAGUCCUUAAAGUGUAUCACUGUGUUCUCAAAUAACGAGUCUCCUGUUGCCCUUACCAAGCCUAGAGCAAAAUCAUUAUCUGCUGUUGAUAUGGACAGGUGCAACAAGCCUUGUAAGGAAGCCCCAAAGAAAACCUCAAUCAGAAAGUUGCUUAAUGUGAAACUGUCCAUUGGUUUCAUGAAGAGUGACUUUCAGAAAUUUAGGUCCAGAAGUAGCCAGCAUGGAGAUGUCACUGCAGGCAGCCUGUCCAGCGGAGAACAGAAAGGAGUUGAAAGUGAAUGGCAUGGUUUGAGGAAAGGAGAAGAAAAGAGAAGUAAACCCACCAAGGCAUAUUCUGCAGAUAACUGCAGCCUGGAAUCUCAGAAGGGGAAGAUGUCUCGGGGCCAGGCCAGUGUGGCUAGUAGUCAGAGAGCUGAGUCUUUGGAUGACCACAUUCUCUCCAGGGAGUCAUCAAGUCAGGUGCCUUGCAAGUCUGUUACAAGUGACCAUGCACCAGAGUAUGAAAACAUACGCCAUUAUGAGGAAAUCCCAGAGUAUGAAAACUUGCCAUUUAUUAUGGCUGCAGGGAAAGCCCCGCAGUUGGAAUGGCAGAAUUCCAGCAGUGUGGAAGACCCGGAUGCAAAUGUGUAUGAGGUCGAAAAACCCUAUGAAACUUCAGAUGGACCUAGACAGCAGCGUUCCAGUUCUGGAGCAUCCCAGGAAGGACAGGAUGAUCUCGACCUUGGUCUUGGCGACCUGCCCUCUGAUGAGGAGGAAGUUAUCAACAGUUCCGAUGAAGACGACAUCAGCUCGGGGUCCAGUAAAGGCGAUCCUGACCUGCUGGAGGACAGACAGGACGAAGAUGCUGAAAUGAAAAGCAAAGUUCAUCAUAUCGCCAAGGAGAUCACGAGCUCAGAGAAAGUGUUUGUGGAUGUGUUAAAACUAUUGCAUAUUGAUUUCCGGGACGCUGUAGCCCAUGCUUCCCGGCAACUUGGAAAGCCAGUGGUGGAGGACCGGAUCCUAAAUCAGAUCUUGUACUACUUGCCUCAGCUGUAUGAACUCAACCGGGAUCUCCUGAAGGAACUGGAGGAAAGAAUGUUGAACUGGACGGAACAACAGAGAAUUGCGGAUAUCUUUGUGAAGAAGGGACCCUAUUUAAAAAUGUAUUCUACAUACAUCAAAGAAUUUGAUAAAAACAUUGCCUUGCUUGAUGAGCAGUGCAAGAAAAAUCCAGGUUUUGCCACUGUUGUUAGAGAAUUUGAGACGAGCCCUCGCUGUGCCAGCCUGGCGCUGAAACACUACCUGCUCAAGCCGGUUCAGAGGAUCCCCCAGUACAGGCUGCUGCUCACAGAUUAUCUAAAGAAUCUCUUAGAAGACUCUGGAGAUUACAGAGACACUCAGGGUGCCCUGGCUAUUGUUAUCGAAGUGGCCAACCAUGCCAACGACACCAUGAAGCAAGGAGACAACUUUCAGAAGCUCAUGCAGAUUCAGUACAGCCUAAAUGGACACCAUGAAAUAGUGCAGCCUGGACGGGUUUUUCUAAAAGAAGGAACUCUAAUGAAGCUGUCUCGGAAAGUCAUGCAACCCCGAAUGUUUUUCCUGUUUAAUGAUGCCUUGCUGUACACCACGCCCGUGCAAUCUGGGAUGUACAAACUGAACAACAUGCUCUCGUUGGCUGGGAUGAAGGUUAGAAAACCCACCCAAGAAGCAUAUCAGAAUGAGCUAAACAUUGAAAGUGUUGAACGUUCUUUCAUCCUCUCAGCCAGUUCUGCCACAGAAAGGGAUGAAUGGCUAGAGGCGAUUUCCAGGUCCAUAGAAGAGCACGCCAAGAAAAGAAUCACCUUCUGUCCUACUAGGAGUCUUGAUGAGACAGACCCAGAAGAUAAAGAGGAAGCUAGUCCCCUUGGGUCGAAGGCUCCCAUCUGGAUCCCUGAUACCAGAGCCACCAUGUGUAUGAUCUGCACGAGUGAAUUUACUCUGACGUGGAGACGACACCAUUGCCGAGCCUGCGGAAAGAUCGUAUGUCAAGCUUGUUCAUCAAAUAAAUAUGGCUUAGAUUACCUGAAAAAGCAGCCAGCAAGAGUAUGUGAACAUUGUUUCCAAGAACUGCAGAAAUUAGAUCACCAACUCUCCCCAAGGAUUGGAUCUCCUGGAAGUCACAAAUCUCCUUCAAGUGCCUUAUCAUCAGUCUUACAAAGCAUCCCGUCGGGUAGGAAACAGAAAAAGAUCCCAGCUGCACUCAAGGAAGUAUCAGCAAAUACAGAAGAUUCUACGAUGAGUGGCUACUUGUACAGAUCAAAGGGCAAUAGAAAGCCCUGGAAGCACCUGUGGUUUGUCAUCAAAAAUAAAAUACUGUACACAUAUGCUGCAAGUGAGGACGUGGCAGCUCUGGAGAGUCAGCCUUUGCUAGGAUUCACUGUCGCUCAAGUCAGCGAUGGAAGUUCAGAGUCGAAAGUGUUUCAGUUACUGCACAAAAGCAUGCUGUUCUAUGUGUUCAAAGCCGAUGACGCCCACUCAGCUCAAAAGUGGAUAGAAGCAUUUCAGGAAGGCACCGUAUUGUAGCAGUAUUGCUUUCAUUGCUUCUGUGAUUCCAGCACGAUGGAAGUUCAGCAGAAUGGAAAAGCUGGUCAAAAUUUGUAUAAAAAUGAACACUGCCAAGACAAAUCCAGCCACGCUUUUCAUCAGAUAAAGACAUUAUUUUGUCAGGUGUAUGUAGUUCUAAAAAAAAUGUUUGUUUUUCAUGUAUGUUAUUUAUUAAGAUUUUGAUGUUUACUUAGAGGUCAGAAUUGUUUCUGAAACUCACACCACUGAAUUCUAAAGUACCAUUUCUUUAGAGACCAGAAAACUCACUUUAAUGGUGUAUAAAGUAUUUGAUACCCAGUCCACACUGUUGUCUCUUCCUUACAUUGUGAUAUUUUCACUAGUAGUAAACCUUUUUAAAUAAAAAGCACGAAACAAGGAGCAAAUCCCCAUGCAGUGCUUGGUUUAGGAACCUUGAUGGUUGCAAACUGCUGAUGAAUAAUGCAUGUUUUGAGUUAGUAAACAGGUGGAAUUUUUAUAUCAGAACGGAAAAGAACAUAGCCAGCUUCUACCUCAGUAACUGUGAUGUGAAAUUCCUGCAAUUAGUCUAAAGUAUUUCUACUUUUCAAGCUUGAGCUAAUACAUUAUCAAAGAAAGCAGAGCCGGCUGUGGGUGCACAUG